CAUACAUUUACAAUCCCCACUUCGAUUUUAUUAUUUUCUUGCAUGCUCAAACAUGCAUGAUCAUCGAGCUAGUUGAUAACACUAAUCAUAUAUUACAACUUAGUUAAAAAGAAAAUGGUUCCUAAAGUUCAUGCAGGGUUGGAAAUGGCAGCUGGGGAGAAUAAUAACAAUGAGAACAAUGGAAGAAGCAGAAGCAUUAUUGAUGGGAAGUGGAUGAAGCGUGCAAAUGUGUUUGGUGAGAGGAUGAGAAAGUUUCCUAGUGUUGCAUGGAAGACUACGUGGAGUGUGGGGCGUGAAGACCCUAGAAGGUUGAUCCAUGCAUUCAAAGUUGGUCUCUCUCUCACUCUUGUUUCUUUGAUGUAUCUCUUGGAGCCCAUGUACCAUUGGAUUGGCCAGAGUGCCAUCUGGGCCGUCAUGACUGUUGUCGUCGUCCUCGAGUUCACUGCAGGAGCAACUUUAUGCAAAGGGCUGAAUAGAGGAUUAGGGACACUGCUAGCAGGGUCUUUGGCAUUUAUUGUUGGAUAUAUUGCAAAUGCAUGUAGUAGGGUUGUUCAAGCUAUUUUCAUUGGGGCUGCAGUUUUUGUUAUAGGAGCUGUAGCUACUUAUACAAGGUUCUUUCCCUAUAUAAAGAAGAACUAUGACUAUGGCAUAAUCAUAUUCCUCUUGACCUUCAACUUGAUUACUGUGUCAAGCUAUAGGGUUGACAAUGUGUUGAAGAUUGCACAUGACAGAAUCUACACCAUUGCUAUAGGCUGUGGCAUUUGCCUCCUCAUGAGUUUGCUCAUAUUCCCAAAUUGGUCAGGGGAAGAUCUCCAUAAUUCAACAGUUUACAAGCUUGAAGGCCUAGCAAAAUCAAUAGAAGCUUGUGUGAAUGAAUACUUUUAUGGAGAAAUUGAAUCCUCUGGAGAGGACAAAUCAUCUGAGGAUCCAAUAUACAAAGGCUAUAAAGCUGUUUUGGAUUCAAAAUCCUCUGAUGAAAUGUUGGCAUUACAUGCAAGUUGGGAGCCAAGGCAUUCAUGUCACAGAUUUCCAUGGCAGCAGUAUGUUAAAGUGGGAGCUGUUCUUCGCCAAUUCGGAUACACUGUGGUUGCUUUACAUGGCUGUUUGAGAACAGAAAUUCAGACUCCAAGAUCUGUUAGAGCCAUGUUCAAGGACCCCUGCAUAAGGCUUUCAGCAGAGGUAUCAAAAGCACUGAUAGAACUUGCUAACAGCAUAAGGCACCGGCGCCAUAUCUCUCCAGAAAUACUCUCUGAUCAUCUCCAUGAAGCCCUGCAGGACCUUAACACUGCCAUAAAAUCCCAGCCACGCCUUUUCUUGGGCUCCAAGAACAAGCACAACCAUGGUAACAGCAUGUUCAAGAUAGCUGCAGCACAAGUUGGCCAAGAAAGACAGGGAAAGGCAUCUGGAUUCUCCUUAUCGAGCGUUAAGACGGACUCUUCUGCAUUGUUGGAAUGGAAAACAAAGAGGGGUUGCAAUGAACAUUCAAAGGAAACAGAAGGAAAGUCCUUGAGACCACAGUUGAGUAAGAUUGCUAUCACUAGCCUUGAGUUCUCUGAGGCUCUCCCUUUUGCUGCUUUUGCAUCUUUGCUUGUGGAAAUGGUGGCCAAACUAGACCUUGUCAUUGAGGAAAUUGAGGAACUGGGCAGGUUAGCAUGCUUCAAAGACUUCAGGCCUGAUGAUAACAUUGUUGUGACUUGUGAGGAACCCCGAGUCGAUGUGAUGCAGAACCAUUUGCCUUCACAUGGUGAUGCAUGAUCUUAAUUCUUAUAUAUUAUGUUUUGAGUAUGUUUUCAAUUUUUAAUGUACUCUUAGUAGAAACUUAUUAAUAUAAACAUUCUCUUAAUCAUAAUAUAGUUCAGGUUAUAAGAUGCAUGAUGUCAAAAGGGUAGUAGACUAGUAUUUGUGUUCUGUCUAAGCUUUUGACUUCCAUUGUAACCUGGAUUGCUCACCAAAAUGAGAAUCUUACCUGUUAUUAUUAUAA